AUGGGGGGCGACGUCUUCGUUGAGGAAGUCGUGGUGGAGGAUGAAGAUGAUACUGUGUUCGACAUAUCAAAGUCCGAUGUGAACAAAGAUGUUGAGGAAGUCGUGGUGGGGGGUGGAGAUGAUACUGUGUUCGACAUAUCAAAGUCCGAUGUGGUCAAAGAUGGCGGCUGGGAUGGAUUUGAUGAAGAAGGCGAAGACGACGUCAGGCUUGGCAAGGUGAACGUCGUGUUCAAAAAGCUUCGCGGAUGGUAG